UUGGAGGCUGGCAGCGAUGAGGAACGGAAGUUGAACCUCAGCUUGAGCGAGAGCUUUUUCAUGGUGAAAGGAGCGGCCCUCUUCCUACAGCAGGGAAACAGCCCUCAGGGCCAGCGCAGUCUUCAGCACCCUCACAAGCAUGCAGGUGACCUGCCCCAGCAUCUCCAAGUGAUGAUCAACCUUCUACGCUGUGAAGACAGAAUCAAGCUGGCUGUACGACUAGAGAGCGUCUGGACCGACCGUGUCCGCUAUAUGGUCGUGGUGUACACCAGCGGGCGCCAGGACACCGAGGAGAACAUUUUGUUAGGAGUUGACUUUUCCAGUAAGGAGAGCAAAAGCUGCACCAUCGGGAUGGUUCUUCGUCUGUGGAGUGACACGAAGAUCCACCUUGACGGGGAUGGUGGCUUCAGUGUGAGCACAGCAGGCAGGAUGCACAUCUUCAAGCCCGUGUCUGUCCAGGCCAUGUGGUCUGCCCUGCAAGUGCUUCACAAGGCCUGUGAAGUGGCACGGAGGCACAACUACUUCCCUGGGGGAGUGGCGCUCAUCUGGGCCACCUACUAUGAGAGCUGCAUCGGCUCUGAGCAGAGCUGCAUUAAUGAGUGGAAUGCCAUGCAGGACCUGGAGUCCACACGGCCUGACUCCCCAGCGCUGUUUGUGGACAAGCCGACUGAGGGAGAAAGAACCGAGCGUCUCAUUAAAGCCAAGCUCCGGAGCAUCAUGAUGAGUCAGGACCUCGAAAAUGUGACUUCUAAGGAAAUCCGCAAUGAGCUGGAGAAACAAAUGAACUGCAACCUGAAAGAAUUUAAGGAGUUCAUCGAUAAUGAGAUGUUGCUCAUCUUGGGACAGAUGGACAAGCCUUCCCUUAUCUUCGACCAUCUUUAUCUUGGCUCCGAGUGGAAUGCAUCCAAUCUGGAGGAACUGCAGGGCUCAGGGGUUGACUACAUUUUAAAUGUCACUAGAGAAAUAGACAAUUUCUUCCCUGGCUUGUUUGCAUAUCACAACAUCCGAGUCUACGAUGAGGAGACCACAGACCUUCUUGCCCACUGGAAUGAAGCGUAUCAUUUUAUAAACAAAGCAAAAAGGAAUCAUUCCAAGUGCCUGGUCCAUUGCAAAAUGGGAGUCAGCCGAUCUGCAUCCACAGUUAUAGCCUAUGCGAUGAAGGAGUUUGGCUGGCCCCUGGAGAAGGCGUAUAACUAUGUGAAACAGAAGCGCAGCAUCACGAGGCCCAAUGCCGGCUUUAUGAGGCAGCUGUCUGAGUACGAAGGCAUCCUGGAUGCAAGUAAGCAGCGACACAACAAACUGUGGAGACAGCAGCCUGCGGGUGACACUGCAGCAGAGCCCAGCGAGUUCUUGCCAGAGACCCUGGAUGAUGCCCUGGACACCCAGCUGCCGGGCUUGGAUGAUACCACCACCCAGCCCGGGCUCCCAGGAAGCCAGGCCCCCGCAGGAGGACCCUCUCUCCCCUGUUGUUUCCGAAGACUCUCAGACCCCCUUCUCUCCCAAGAUGAUACAGGUGGCCUGGUCCACUUGGAGGAUCUUGAGCGGGAUGCCCUGUUGGAGGACGCAGCCCAGCCGGUAGAGGCGCACAAGCCAGUCCAGCAUCCUCAGGAAGGAGCCAGGCUCUGUGAAAAGGACAUAAAGAGGAAACUAGAGUUUGGGAGCCCCAAAACCCGCGGUGGCUCCUUGCCACAGGUGGAGGAGAUGGAGAAGGGGGGUGGCCAGAGAGCAGGGAGGUGGAGGCGGGCCUCCACCCAGCUGAACAGAAGUUUGCUUGACCAGGAGAACCUGAACAAUAACAACAGUAAGAGGAGCUGCCCUGAUGACUUUGAGGGUGAUGCUGUGUUCGGAAUCCUCAGUAAAGUGAAGCCUUCCUACACGUCCUGUGCUGACUGCAUGUACCCUGCAGCUGGCGGGGCCCCCGAGGCCUUUGUGGAAUGGCACGAAGAACCCAGCGCUCCUGCUAUCUGCACCCAGCCAGCCUUCCUGCCCCAUGUCACAUCUUCCCCAAUGGCCCACACGAGCAGCAGGUCCCGAGCUCCAGAGAGGCUGGCCUCUAGUCCAGCCAACAACCCCGCAUCCCUACUGCCAGCAGGCUCAAGGAAGCCAGACGUCGGUGGCUCUGGAGCUGGGGCUCACCCAGAACCGCCAGCAAGCCUUCUAGAGCCUUCCAGAGAAACCUCCAAAGUCCCUCCAAAGUCACUCCUGUUGAAGAAUUCUCACUGUGAUAAGAACGCCACCAGUAUGGAAGUGGUGAAGGAAGAAUUGUCAGCUAAGAGAGAUCCGAAGCCAGCUAAGGACCUGAGGCUUCUGUUCAGUAAUGAGGCCGAGAAGCCGACCACCAACAGCUACCUGAUGCAACAUCAGGAGUCCAUCAUUCAGCUACAGAAGGCAGGCCUGGUCCGGAAGCACACCAAAGAGCUGGAGAGGUUGAAGAGCCUGCCUUCAGACCCACCGUCUACCUGCAGGGACAGUGCCACCAGCAGGCUGGAGGCUAGCAUCCCUGAGGAGGGCCAGGAGCCUGAACACUCAGCCCUGAGCAACCAAGCAGGGAUUGAAGAGAAACCUCCAGAAGGAGCUUUGGUGAAGAGCCCUACUCCUACCCUCCUCCGCCUGGAUCACACCAGUAGCUUCUCGAAAGACUUCCUGAAGACGGUGUGCUACACCCCCACCUCCUCCUCCAUGAGUUCCAACCUGACCCGGAGCUCCAGCAGUGACAGCAUCCACAGUGUCCGAGGGAAGCCAGGGCUGGUGAAGCAGCGGGCGCAGGAGAUCGAGACGAGACUCCGGCUGGCGGGCCUCACUGUGUCCUCCCCACUGAAGCGUUCCCACUCCCUCGCCAAACUGGGAAGUCUCAACUUAUCCACCGAGGACCUGUCCAGUGAGGCUGACACGUCCACCAUUGCUGACUCACAGGACGCCAAGUGUGGUCACUCUUCCUUGUUGCACGAACCCCAGGCCACCCCGAGGGACCCCGUUACAGCCUGUAAACCCUCAGGGAAAUCGGUCCCAGAAAACUUGAAAAGCCUGUCAGGGUUAAGUAAAAGCUGACCAGCGUUCUGCCGUGUGGGUGGAGGUUUUCACGGUGUUCUGAUCCACCACCACCACCCACGUCUCGAUUCAUGUUAACGUUAGUCAUCCAGGCUUUCCCCACUCUUGCCAAAGAGAAAGGGGCAGAAACAGAAGUAACAUAGACCACAUGAAGGAGACCCAGCAAGGACCUGGGCGACCUGGAAACUGUCAGCCAGGAGAUACACAGCUCAGAUCCCCAAGCCCUAUCUUUGGGAAGAUACAGACACACAGGCUGGAGCUGUGUCUCGGUUGUUAGAGUCUUGCCGGCCUCGCACCACGCCCUAAGUUUGAUCCCCAGCACCAUGUAAAACCAGGCAUGGCAGUGCAUACCUGUAAUCCCAGCACUGGAGGUGGAGGCAGGAGGAUUAGAAGUUCAAAGUCACUCUCAGCUACACAGUCAGUUUUAGGCCAGCCUGGUGGAGAGAAAAUAAGACUGUAUAUGCAAAGUAUUUUACGUGUGACCUGUAAGAGAGGAGCCGUGGCAAUGUUGUUGCUUCGGCCCACAUUCCCAGCCCUCUCCUGUCCUCAAGGGAGAAUUCUCAGAUGACAACACAGUCCUACCUCCAUUCUCACUGUGCAUUUUGCUUUUAAAAUAGUAAUGACUAAGGCUCAAUCUGA